AUGAGCGAAAUAAUGGUCGACGAGUCCCCCGCGAGAGAUUUGAGCAAGCUCGAGAUCGGCCAGUACUCCGUCGAGAGCUUCCAGGUGCCGGUCCCCGCGGGCGACUGCUCGAUCCACCUGCUGGUAAAGGACCCGCCUGAGUCGACGAACAAGUAUUGGGAUAAGUUUGAUCCUAGCCAGCAUGACCUCACGGAUGCAACUGGCCUGGGGUAUGUGCGCGGCCUGGAGAGACUUGGUACUAUUGAGCGGGGCACGAUCCUCCGCGCAGUGCUUGUUGAUGGGGGCUAUGACGGCGACCGACUCAGUGGUGGAAAGGCAGCCAACGCCAUCAGGACAGUCAUCAAAACCAUUGAAACAGACUUUAACAUGACAUCCCUCAAGUUCGAUGCAUGGGUGGUCACCCAUUGGGACCGCGACCACUAUUGCGGCACGCUCCAGAUGCUGGUGGACGACCUGACCGAUCAGUAUCUGUUGCAGAGCAUGAACCCGACGGCUACGGGCGCGAAAGACGAACAGCGCAUUAAAUCGACGUAUUUUAAGUACGAGGCUGGGGAGCCGACCACAAUAAUGUAUUGCCCCGUCUUCGAGUUGACGGACGAGCAGAAGGAAGAGAAGGAGGAGAAGCAGAAGAAGAAAGAGGAGAAGCAGAAGGAGAAGGAGCAAGCGAAGGCGAAAGCGAAAGAGGCCAAGCAGGCCAAGCAGGGGAAGCAGGGGAAGCAGGCGAUGCAGGCGAUGCAGGCGACGAAGGUGACGGAGAGCCCAAGCACGGUGGUGUCAGACUCGCCACACUGGCGACUCCGACGAUCCGAGCCAGAGAAACAGCCAGAGAACCAGAUCCAGGUUGAAAAAACGGGGCAGGCCAACUUUGUCGACGUGAUGGUGGCCUUCAGGGACGUGCCGGAGCCGAAUCGAGGCGCGCGGACUGACGGGGAAGACGAGGAAGACGGGGAAGACGGGGAAGAGGCGGAAAGCGAGGACGAGGAGAAGAGGAAAAAGAAAAAGGGAGGGAAGAAGCAGCAGCAGAAGGAAGACAAAUCCAAGGGUUCCAAGUUGGAGCAGAAAGUGAAGACCAAAAAGACGGCGCAAGAGCAAAAGGAUGCGGCCCUCAAGCACAUCUAUCGCUCGCUGAAUCGAUCGCUCACCAAGAAUCCCGUGGACGCGCAUUGGCAGCCGCGCAUCUGCAAAAUCGUCGCGGGCUGGGACCAGCUGCGCGGAAGGGACUUCUUCUCCGGCGAGUCGAAGAUCGAUAACGACGUGGCUUCCAUUCCAUUCAAGGACCUGGUGAAAGGCAUCGCCGGGACACCGGCCUUCCUCUGUGUUGGCGCCGAGGGAUACUUGUUGAACAAGGCGCGGGAGAAUCAGAACCAGCGGCGUGAGACGCACAAAAAGACCGUCGCCGCGGCCAAGAAUAACAGGAAAGCAGCCCAAAAUGAGCGUCCACCGGAAACGGCAAAGCCCUGGACGGCGAACGGGGAUACGUGGGAGAAUUACAUCUCGAUCAUGUCGCUGAUCGUGUGGCCGCCCAGCCCGCGGAACGGGGAGAACGGCCGCAUCUCGUACUUCUGCGGCGGCGACGCCAACGCCGUGUCCGAGAAGGAGCUCGCCGAAUGGUUGGACGGGUAUUCCGUGGCGGUCCUCAAAGCCUCGCAUCACGGCGCCCACACGGCCACCCCCCGGAGCUGCUCAAGAAGCUGCAUCCAGACAAGGUGCUGCUACCGGCAGGCUACGAGUAUGGACAUCCCAGUGAGUCGGACCCGGUCGAGCCCUCCCCCCUGCUCAGCGACAACUGCGAAAUACUCCAAAUACUAA